AUGGCAGAGGACAGGCGGGGAGUCACUUUGGCCAUGCCGGCCACUUGGACUGCGUUGCUUCUCUGUGUGAUUACUGGUGUGUGCGCAGUGGAAGAGACGGUGAUGGAUACAAGGACGGCAACAGCUGAGCUUGGUUGGAUAUCGUUUCCUGCCAAUGGAUGGGAGGAGGUGAGUGGAUAUGAUGAGAACCUCAACACCAUCAGGACGUAUCAGGUGUGCAACGUGUUUGAGCCCAGCCAGAACAACUGGCUUCUUACUACUUACAUCGACCGGCGGGCGGCCCAACGCAUCUAUGUGGAGAUUCGCUUCACUGUACGAGAUUGCGCCUCCAUACCGAGUGUCCUGGGCUCCUGCAAAGAGACGUUCAACCUCUACUACCUAGAAACUGAUAGGACUGUAACAGAGGGGGCCAAAGCGGUGGAGUACUGGGCAAAUGCCCCAUUUCUAAAGGUUGAUACCAUUGCAGCAGAUGAGAGUUUCUCCCAGGUGGAUUUUGGGGGCAGGCUCAUGAAGGUGAACACAGAAAUUAGGAGUUUCGGUCCGCUGUCCAGAGGAAGAGGGUUCCACUUGGCCUUCCAGGAUCUGGGUGCCUGCAUGUCACUUCUGGCUGUUCGAGUUUUCUACAAAAAGUGUCCCAGCAUAGUCCAGAACUUUGCUUAUUUCCCAGAGACCCUGACAGGAGCAGAGUCCACCUCAUUAGUUAUCGCCAGAGGAAGCUGCAUCACCAAUGCUGAGGAGGUAGAUGUGCCCAUAAAGCUCUACUGUAACGGAGAUGGAGAGUGGAUGGUUCCCAUCGGCAGCUGCAGCUGCAAGGCGGGCUACGAGCCCGACAACGGCAACGUGUGUCGAGCUUGCCCUCAGGGCACCUUUAAGUCGUCCCAGGGGGCAGGAUUAUGUCAGCAAUGUCCACUCAACAGUCGCUCCACCAUCGAAGCUGCCACCCUCUGCGGUUGUCGGAACGGAUAUUACCGCGGAGACAUGGAAAAACCAGAGGACACGUGCACCAGUGUCGCCUCAGCUCCUCGCAAUGUGGUGUCAGUUGUGAACCAGACGUCGCUGCUGCUGAAGUGGCACGCACCGCGUGACACCGGGCACCGGGAGGACUUGUCAUAUAACAUUGUGUGCCGCCGAUGCCAAAGCAGCGAGCGGCGAGUAUGUCAGCCAUGCGAUGACAGCGUGCUGUUUGCUCCAGGCAAGCAGGGCCUGAAGGGAACGAGAGUGGAGAUCAGCAAGCUCCGGGCUCACACGUCCUACACCCUCGACAUUCAGGCAGUCAACGGAGUGUCUAACAAGAGCCCUUAUCCCCCCCAGCAGCUGUCCAUCAACAUUACGACCAAUCAGGCUGCCCCCUCAGUGGUUCCCAUAAUGCACCAAGUGAGCUCAACGAGCCGCAGCUUCUCUCUGUCGUGGCCACCGCCAGAGCAGCCCAACGGGAUUAUCCUCGACUACGAGAUUCGAUACUACGACAAGUCCCAGUCUUCGCUGUGGAACAGUUCUGUGGUCCAGAGCAAUACACCCAAUGUGGUUCUGGAGGGCCUGAGACCUGGGACCGGCUACGUGGUCCAGGUGAGGGCUCGCACCGUGGCCGGCUACGGAGCCUACAGCAAAGAGAUGCUCUUCCAAACCCUCACUGACGAUGAGUAUAAGUCAGAGCUCGGACAGCAGCUCACCCUGAUAGCAGGCUCUUUAGUAGGUGGAGUGUGUAUCGUCUCACUGGUAGCUAUCGCCAUCAUCUGCACCAGGAGGAGGCAGUUGAAGGAGAGUAUUUAUGGUGACAAGCUGCAGCAGUAUAACACAGGAGAUGUCAAUAUGAGACCAGACAUGUUCAACGCUCCCACUCCCACCGUGACCUUUCCCACCCUGUCUGAGGGUCGCAGUUCACCAGGGGUCAAGAUCUAUAUUGACCCUUUUACCUAUGAAGACCCCAACGAGGCAGUUCGGGAGUUUGCCAAAGAAAUCGACCCCUCAUGUGUCAAAAUAGAGGAAGUCAUCGGAUCAGGGGAGUUUGGGGAGGUUUACAAAGGUCGCCUGAAACCUGUAGGGAAAAAGGAAAUUCCUGUGGCCAUCAAGACCCUGAAGGUGGGCUACUCUGAGAGGCAAAGGAGAGACUUCCUGGCCGAAGCUUCAAUCAUGGGCCAGUUUGACCAACCGAACAUCAUCAGAUUGGAGGGUGUGGUCACCAAGAGUAGGCCCACCAUGAUCAUCACAGAGUUUAUGGAGAACGGAGCACUCGACUCAUUUCUGAGGCAAAAUGAUGGACAGUUCCCAGUUAUCCAGCUGGUUGGAAUGCUGAGGGGCAUCGCAUCUGGAAUGAGGUACCUGGCGGAGAUGAGUUACGUUCACCGGGACCUGGCGGCUCGAAACAUCCUGGUUAAUAGCAACCUGGUGUGUAAGGUGUCCGACUUCGGCUUAUCACGUUAUCUGGAGGAGGAUACCUCUGACCCCACCUACACCAGCUCUCUGGGAGGUAAAAUCCCAGUGCGGUGGACAGCUCCAGAGGCGAUUGCCUACAGGAAAUUCACUUCAGCCUCAGAUGUUUGGAGUUACGGCAUUGUCACCUGGGAGGUGAUGUCAUACGGAGAAAGGCCUUACUGGGACAUGAGCAACCAAGAUGUGAUAAAUGCCAUCGAGCAGGACUUCAGGCUGCCAGCUCCCAUGGACUGCCCAGUAGUGCUGCACCAACUGAUGCUGGACUGCUGGCAGAAAGACAGGAAUGCACGGCCAAAGUUUCCUGAUAUUGUCAGCAUGUUGGACAAAAUGAUACGCAACCCUGCAUCUCUGAAAGCUGGAACCAGCAACAUGGCCCCUGGUCCUUCCCAUCACUCCUUGUUAGACCGGGCAGCUCCAGACCUGAGCAGGGUGAGCUCAGUGGAAGACUGGCUGACUGCACUGAAGAUGACCCAGUAUAGAGACUCCUUCAUUGGCUCAGGCUUCACUUCUUUACCACUCGUCACACAAAUUACAGCUGAAGAUCUGCAGAGGAUCGGCGUGUCUCUCGCUGGACACCAGAAGAAAAUACUGACCAGCGUGGAGUCGAUGAGACACCACGUCGAUGACCAGUCACCCACUGAGUCUGUGUAG